AGAGUAGAUGAAGCCAAGCUGCAAAACAGAAUUGGAAGCCAAAAACCAAGCUUUUCCAGGAGACGUGGUCACUGAUGCAAGCAUACCCAAAAUUAUUCCAAUUGACUUACUUAACGCCAUUGCAACCCAAUAAUUUACAAAUUUUCAAACUCAAAACCUUGCCAAACCAUCCCUUCUUAUACGCCAUCAAUUCCAAUAUUCUCAGUCCCAUAUCCUUUCCCAAACCCCCAUACACCACCAUGGACAAAAAAUUGUUAGCCCUCGUUCUUGCAUCCUUCCUCUUCUUCCUCUUCUUCAAUACGCCGGAUUCUCAUGCUGCGAGUAAUGAUUAUAUCCGCCAUCCCCCUCGCCAGCUCGUUGCCACUCCUCAUCAAGGAUCCAAAUCUGACCCUCAACAAGUUCAUGUUUCACUGGCGGGGAAAGAUCACAUGAGAAUUUCGUGGGUCACGGAUGACAAAAAUGUGGAAUCUAAGGUUGAAUACGGAAAGCAACCGGAGAAAUAUAAUGCGGUGGCGACCGGAGAGAACACGGAGUACGAGUACUUCUUUUAUACCUCCGGUACGAUACACCAUGUUAAGAUCGGACCUUUGGAACCGGCGACUACCUAUUAUUACAGGUGUGGAGGUCAGGGGCAGGAGUUCUCCUUCAAGACUCCUCCUGCAACGUUUCCCAUCGAAUUUGCGGUGGUUGGUGAUCUUGGACAAACUGAAUGGACGGUAUCAACACUAGCACACGUAGGCAGUGAGGACUACGACGUGUUCCUAUUACCCGGCGAUCUAUCUUAUGCGGACUUCCAACAGCCGCGAUGGGACUCCUUCGGCCGCCUGGUGGAGCCUUACGCCAGCCGCCGCCCCUGGAUGGUGACGGAAGGCAACCACGAAGUUGAGAUGAUCCCAAUCAUAUACCCCCACGGUUUCAAGGCCUACAACGCCCGCUGGAAAAUGCCGUUCGAAGAGAGUGGAUCUACAUCAAAUUUGUACUACUCAUUUGAUGUUGCGGGAAUCCACAUUUUGAUGUUGGGGUCGUACGCAGAAUUUGAUCAUGAUUCGGCGCAGUAUCGGUGGCUGGUGGAGGACUUGGCGAAAGUGGAUAGGAAGAAAACGCCGUGGGUGGUGGCGCUGUUGCAUGCGCCAUGGUAUAAUACCAAUUCGGCGCAUCAUGGGGAAGGAGAGAGCAUGAGGAAAGCCAUGGAAGAGGUGCUGUACAAAGCUCGAGUGGACGUGGUUUUUGCUGGGCAUGUUCAUGCAUAUGAACGAUUUACAAGGAUUUAUGAUAAGAAGGCUGAUCCAUGUGGUCCAGUGUAUAUAACCAUUGGAGAUGGUGGGAACCGUGAGGGACUAGCAAUGAAGUUUAAGGAGCCAGGUUCACCGCUUUCCCUGUACCGGGAGCCAAGCUUUGGCCAUGCACGACUGAGGAUGCUGGAUGAGACGCGGGCGCAUUGGUCGUGGCACCGCAACAACGACACCGACGCCUAUGUGGCUGACGAGGUGUGGCUAGAGAGUUUGAGCACAAACGCUGCAUGUUGGGACACAACAACCCCUACCAAAGACGAGCUUUAAAUCAAACCAGACCUUCUAAACUCAAGUCCAAUUCAGUAUUUGCUUGCAGCAACUGUGACGAAAAGUCAGCACGUGGUCGGUCGCUAUCCAUCUUGUAAAAUAAAGUAUAUUUAUUUGUGUCGUUUUUCUAAUAAUUUACGAAACACUGUAGAUCUAAUGAAUAUGGAUUUUAUUAUCUUUAUUUAGUUUACCUAUUUGAUGCUCUACCUUUGAACAACAAGUGCAUGUUAUGAAAAUAAUUACUAUUUCUCAUU